AAAUGUAUGGAUGAAGCAAACACGUACAAUGAUUUUGUCAACAAAUUAAAAAUUAUCCCUACUGGGCGUAUUCAAACCCUAUUGCAAGUUUUCGCGAUCUGGGAUUUUCGGCGGAGUAAGGUCGCGAUAGAGAUAGGGAUGUGGAGAUUUCAGAUCCGGUACUCGACGGAGUAAGGCUCUUCGUUGCCUUUUUCUUCUGGUACUCUACGGCGGCUAGGGAUGUGAAGCCGGAUGAUUUCAGAUCCGUUGCUCUUUUUUAUCCGGCAAUGAAGUGGAGAAGCGGCGGGAGGCGGCUAGCGGCGAUGACAAUUCUCCAAAAGAAGUGGGCCUUCAAUUCUGUGGCUAAGAGAAGUGGGCAAUCCGCUCAUCCCCUGCAAAUCUCCAAAAGGUAGAGGUGGUGGGGUGAAAUUGGCCGGAGGCGACGAGGAUGCAACUUGCGAGGAAGACGAGGAUGCAACUUGCUCCUCUCAAGUGCGAUCUCCGGACUCUCAAGUACUUCCGCUAGCUAUCGGCAUCAUCGAAUUGUCUUGUAAUUAGGAUUUAGCCUGGGAAUUGUUUCGAAUUUGGGAUUGUCUCCUUGGGUUGCUCGGAGAUUCGGCUGUCGGCGGGUCAUCUCCCCCACAGGCCUGAAUGCGGCCUUGUCGGUUACAAUCACGAACAGGGUGGCGGUUACGCUUCUUGGCGGACGGUUCAGAUGAGUAUUCUUUUAUCAUUUAUUUUUUUCUUUAUUAUUAUUAUUAUUUCUUUCUUUUCCUUAAUAAUUAUCCUUCAUACUUUAUUUGUUUUUAAUUAUUCUUUCCAACUUUUUUCAUUUUUCUCGUAUGUAUCUAUUGCCUUCUUUUUAAAUUUAUAUACUUGCAAACUGUUAGGUCCCCGAAAUUUAGGUUGCACCUUUUAUUAAAAAGAAAAGGUUUAGGUGUGUAUCGAGUGGUGUUGGUUAUCUAGGGUUUCCUGAUGACCUGGUAUUAUAUUUCAAGGGCAAAUUGCUGCCUUAUGUCUAUGUUGACUUGUUAGCUCUUUGGCCUGGAUUGCCCUAGUAGGGACCUUUGUUUGCUCAUUUUGCAGGUGAAGAUUCAAUGGCACAAUAGUCUAUCGGUGGCGGCUGUCUUGUCCACUAGGUGGCCUUUUGAUGAGAUUUGAUGGAGCACUUGAACAGUAUUAAUAUUUAGUUUGAUGGUGCGGUCAAGCAUAGUCACGAAGGUAGUAUUCGCUUUGUGUGUUUCCAAUCGUCAGAUACGGCGGGAUGGUGGGAGGCGACUUGGCGCAUGAUCGGGGUGGAGCUCUAUUUGAGGAUACUCGAAGCUUAGUUUCUCACUUCAGUCGAAUUUCUUACUGCUUUGUUUCUCGUCAACUAAAUAGGGCUGCCCAUCAUGUGGCACAAAAGGCCCUAUCAUCGGGAGUUCGACCAUUGGUCGACUCCCGCGUUUUUCUUUCUUCCACUUUGUGACUAUCUUUUCAACACUGACUUUGCAAAAAAAAAUAAUCCCUAUUGCCAAUUCGUGUCUCAGAAGACUAUAGAUUCUUAAAAAAAAUACGGUCAAUGCAUGAGGCAACCACUAUGAAAUUAUGACUAAUAAUAAUAAUAAAUAGCCUCAAACCUCUCCCGGCCAAAUUCAUGCAUGGAGGACGACAAUGAAAUUAAUCUACUAUAUUGUGUGCAUUGGUGAAAAUGUGAAAUCAAAUACACUCCAAUUACAAAAAAAAACAAAAACAUCGUUACUUCCAACAACUUCCAUGCAGCAGAAGGGAGCACAUGAAGGCAGUAGUACGGCCAAUACUACGAUGUCGCAAUAAAAACUGCGGCACCGGUGAUGCUUCAUGUGAUUGGCUACGUGGAGUUUAUGUGGCAGGACGGGAAUGAUUUAGCCCGAGACAAAAGCCCAUACGUAUCGGGUACUAACCAACCCGCCCUUCCCACACUAACUAAGAAUCCUCUUCGUCCAAACCAAACGAUUACUUAUUUUUUGUUUGCCAAACUGUGUUUUCUUUUAUUAAUUGAAAAUGUAAUUAUUUCCCGGAAGAUUCAGAAAACAGGGGACGACGAUAGCGAACCAAAAGGCAGGUCUUCGUUCUCCUUCUCCGGCAUUCUCCCCAAAAUUGCUCCGGUGACUUGUUCGUGGUCGAUCCCAUCUCCAAAAUCGCCCAUGUGACUUGUUCAGAGGCGAAGAAAUCUGUAUCUUCGCGAGACUCUGUCACCAACGAAAAGCGUCGGCACCAAAUACUAGUCGGGUCCAAGUCAGAGCUAGUGGGAAUUCAAUUUCAAUCCAAACGAGCUAGCAUCUUUAAUUUGAAGUUCAAUCAAAGCGAGCUAUCGGGAGUUCAAAUCCAAUUCAAACGAGUUAGCGGGAAUGAAUGAUGGGAACAACAGCUAUAAGGUAUAGGAUAAUACAUGGAUACCAGAAACAGUACUUGCGAACCAUGGAAGCACCAUCUUCUCUUCCUCCUUCUGUAACGACCAGGGCCGAGUUUUAAGGAGUUGCAGGCAUAAUGAAAAAUCAGAGUUUCCCAAUUCCCUCUUCUUCAUUCUCUCCUCUCCCUCUCCUCCCCAAUUCUUCUUCUUGCUGGAACGAAUCCGCAUUGGACAAGCCGCUGAUUUAUAAACCCUAAACAGAAACUCCUAGGGUUCUGACUACUUUUCUGGGUUUUGAUGGAAGGGAGAAGAAGACAAAAGGUUAGCGGCGGUAGAGGGCUUUGCCGAAGGCGAGGAAAAGAGCCAUCACAUGUGCAAGUCAUGAGUUUCGUCGAUGGUGUAGGCAACGUGGACCGGAGGCAGACCCAUUUGUCGAUUUUAACUUCUUGGGGCUUAGAUAACAACCUUGCCUCCCACUGCCUUUGUCCAUCAUUUCUAACCAUGGCCUCUGUCUCUCGCUAAAGUCUGGGUAUGAUUUUGACACUAUUUGUUUACUAAUAAUCUAUUUUGUUAGUUGUUGUUUCCCCCAGAUGGAUGAGAUUCAAAUUGUUCGUAAUGGAAGAUUCUAGUUAACUGCAGAUGCUGAUGACCGUCGAUAAAGAACCCAGAAAUCAACGCAAACAAAGAAAAACAAUCUAAACCCUAAGUAACCAAAUCGAAUCCCCAAAACCCAACAUGAAAGCCACCUCUUACCUUCGCCAUCUCUGCCAUCCGUCUCUGUCGUUUCAUGUCAUCGUCUUGCAUUCCUCGUCAUUUACCAGAAAAAGGGAGUAGGAGAAGGCAGAUUGGGAGAAGAGAAGUAGAGACGGGAGAGGUGAGAGGAAGGUAGGCAAGGAUCAAAUUAAUGAGCAGAUCGGGAGGAAAGAGGGGUCGAUCAGUAGGAAAAAAGAAGGAAUCGAUUCAUGAUUUUUUUCUUGGGUUCGUUGUUCGGAAGCGAUGCAGAGAGAAAUGGAAUGACAGAGAUUAACGAAGAAAGAAAUGAAAAGAUU